GACACGGAGUGAGGCGUUUUCACGGGUCCCUUUGAUGAGCUGCCCCUCGUCUCCAUCAAGCUGAUUAUACCAGAGGAGGAAUUAUUCAUGACAUAAAUGGCAGAGGAGCUGUUAAAGGAAAAUGCUGCAAAAAUCAGUGGGCAUCUCACAUGGUCACUGCUGGCGGUGGCUUUCCUGGCCUCGUUCGGCAGCUCCAUGCUCUACGGCUUCAAUUUGGCCGUCGUCAACUCGCCCGCAGAGUACAUCAAAGCCUUCUACAACGAGACGCUAACCGAGCAACAUCACUGGAUCCCUGACGAGCAUUUCUUGACAAUCUUAUACUCCCUCACUGUGUCCAUCUUUGCCAUCGGUGGGAUGACCGGUGCACUGCUGGUGGGCAAACUUGUCACUAAAUAUGGAAGAAAAGGGACUCUGGUGCGGUCCACCAUGCUGGUGUUUAUCGGAGGGUCUUUGAUGGGCUUCAGCAGAUGGUUCAGGAAUCCCUUCAUGGUCGUCGCAGGACGCUUCAUCACAGGGGUCCAUUCAGGGAUCUCUCUCAGCGUGGUGCCAAUGUACCUCGGAGAGAUCGCCCCCAAGAACCUACGCGGGUUUCUGGGCCUUGUUCCCAGUAUCCACAUCUGUCUGGGAGUCUUCGGUGCUCAGGUUCUUGGGCUCUCUGAGCUGCUAGGAAAGGAAGAACAUUGGCCGCUGCUCCUGUCCCUCGUAUUGUUUCCUACUUUGGUCCAGCUGAUGCUGUUGCCAUGGUUUCCAGAGAGUCCACGGUACCUGCUGAUUGAGAAGGGAAAUGUCCACGCGACAGUUUCAGCCCUCAAGUGUUUCCGCAAAAAGGGAAACAUCCAGGCUGAGGUGGAGGAGAUGCAGGAGGAACAACGGUCGCUCUCCUCCAUCAAGAUCCUCUCUGUCCGCCGUCUGCUCACGGACCGCUCUGUCCGCUGGCAGGUCCUCACCAUCGUGGUGGUCAACAUCGGGAUGCAGCUGUCUGGGAUCGAUGCAAUCUGGUUCUACACAAAUGAAAUAUUCAGGAAUGCGGGAAUCCCAGAACCUCACAUUCAGUACACGACGGUGGGAACUGGAGCCGUAGAGGUCAUCGCUGGGACGCUGGGGUGUUUCACCAUUGAGCGUGUGGGCAGACGACCACUGAUUAUCGGUGGGUUCCUCUUCAUGGGUCUGUGCUGUGCGGGAAUCACCGUGUCCGUCCUCCUCCAGGCGCAGUUUCCCUUCAUGAGCUACAUCAGUGUGGGCUGUGUUGUGGGGAUCAUCGCUGGCUUCUGCAUAGGUCCAGCCGGCAUUCCUUUUCUGAUCACAGCUGAGCUCUUUAAGCAGUCGCACCGACCGUCGGCCUACACCGUGGCCGGCUGCCUCAACUGGCUGUCGAACUUCACCAUUGGCUUCGUCUUUCCCUUCCUCGAGGACGCGACGGGCCCAUACUGCUACCUGAUCUUCUGCGCGGUCUGCUGGGGAGUCGCUGCGUACACCAUAUGGGUCAUUCCUGAGACCAAGAACAAAACCUUCCUGGAGAUCAGCCAGAUGUUCGCGACCAAAAACAGCGUCCAGAAGGAGGAUCCGACUCCAAACAGUCACCUGAAACUGGCGCUGAUGAACGGCUACGGAUCACUCAGGCUCCAUGACGAAAAGUGAAAGGUGGAAAGAGAAAAAUGACUUCCUGUAAAAAAAAUAAAAAGAAAGAAAGAAAAAAAAAAAAAGAGUACGACGAUGAACUGCGGCCGUGAGAUUGACUGCUUUACUUGAACAAGUCUAAAAUAAUAAAACAUUGGCUUCAUUGAGA